GAUAUAUACAUGUGGACCAAUUCAACGAAGAGUUCAUAUCGCAGAGCCAAUCGGACGGGAGAGACGCGGUACAGAAAAGCUCCGCCAAAGGAAUCUGUUUGUGGUCUGAAGAAGGCGACUGAAGAUGGUCUGCAAUACCAGCAUUUCCCUUCGCAAACAAGUCGCAUCGGCGAUUUUCCUUCUCCUCGUUCUACUCACCGUCGUCUCCGAGUGUUCCAGUCAGGUUCAAUGCAGUAGAACUUGUGCUUCAGAGAAAUGCAAUACUGUAGGGAUUCGGUACGGUAAGUUCUGCGGAGUAGGAUGGACGGGUUGUGCUGGUGAAAAGCCUUGCGAUGAGCUUGAUGCUUGUUGCAAAGAUCAUGACGAAUGUGUUGAAUAUAAAGGUUUAACCAAUAUUAAAUGUCACAUAAAGUUCAAGGAUUGUAUUACGAAAUUGCAGAAAUCUGGGAUGGCUGGUUUCUCACAGCAGUGCCCUUAUUCCAUAGCUAUUCCUACAAUGGUAAAUGGCAUGGAUAUAGCCAUCAUGUUCAGCCAGUUUAGUAGCGGAAAGUUUGAGCUCUGAUAGCCACUUUGGUAACUCAACUCGCUCCAUCAUCCCCGCCCACAAUUCAUGCCAUCAAUUAUUGCCCAUACUCCCCCAAAACAAGGUGGAUAGCUUCACACCACUGAUUCAUUCUUUUAAAUAAUAUUCUAUUGGAUUAAGAAAUCUCAAACAGAGGAUUUGAUCCUCAUUUUUUUGUCCCCUUUAACUGUUAUUUGGACCAUCUGCACUUUAAGGAUGUUUUUAGCAUAGUGAAAGAAGAUUCCAAUAGGCCAAAUUAUUUCAUGUUUGAUGCUUCCUCAAUAAUCAAUAGCUGUUAGGUUUUGGUUUCCCUCCUUAUUGUGUGUCAAAUACUCCAUUUUUAAGGAGUCACCCAAUGUGUGGGCAGACUGUUGCAAGUUAUCUUCUGUUGUUGCCUUUUCGUUUGAAGUUGAACAAU